CUUCGACUCUUGUCCUUUGGCCAAUCCGACCAAUUGACUCUUCUCUCUUUGUCGGUCGUCCUCCCUUCCCCCCCGCAACAAUGGCUUCUACGGCUGUGCCCAGGCAGAACCCUGCCCUUCGACGCACCGUCACCUCUACCACGGCUACCGACUCCGAAACGUCAGCUGCCGUCUCUCCCUCGGACUCUCCUCGUCCCUCGGCUUCCUCUACUUCGCUCUCCUCCCUGUCUGAGGUGGACAUUGCGAAGCCCAAGUCCAGCUAUGGCCGCCUGAUCGACACAUACGGCAACGAGUUCGAGGUGCCCGACUUUACCAUCAAGGACAUCCACGAUGCCAUCCCCAAGCACUGCUUCAAGCGCUCCGCCAUCAGGGGCUACGGCUACAUCCUCCGCGACAUUGUCCUCCUCACCACCACUUUCACCAUCUGGCACAACUUUGUGACCCCCGAGUACAUCCCCUCCACUCCCGCCCGUGCUGGUCUCUGGGCCGUCUACACCGUCCUCCAGGGUCUCUUUGGAACUGGUCUCUGGGUCAUUGCCCACGAGUGCGGCCACGGCGCCUUCUCCGACUCUCGCCUCGUCAACGACAUCACCGGCUGGGUCCUCCACUCGUCCCUGCUCGUCCCCUACUUCAGCUGGCAGAUCUCGCACCGAAAGCACCACAAGGCCACCGGCAACAUGGAGCGUGACAUGGUCUUUGUUCCCCGAACCAGGGAGCAGCAGGCUACUCGUCUCGGCAAGAUGGCUCACGAGCUCGCUCACCUCACCGAGGAGACCCCCGCCUUCACCCUGCUCAUGCUGGUCAUGCAGCAGCUCGUUGGCUGGCCCAAUUACCUCCUGACCAACGUCACUGGCCACAACUUCCACGAGCGCCAGCGCGAGGGUCGCGGCAAGGGCAAGAAGAACGGCCUCGGCGGUGGUGUCAACCACUUCGAUCCCCGCAGCCCUCUGUACGAGAACCGUGAUGCUAAGCUCAUCGUCCUGAGCGAUAUCGGUAUUGGUCUGGUCGCUACCGGUCUGUACUUCCUCGUGCAGAAGUUUGGCUUCUACAACAUGGCCAUCUGGUACUUUGUUCCCUACCUCUGGGUCAACCACUGGCUGGUUGCCAUCACUUUCCUUCAGCACACCGACCCUACCCUCCCUCACUACCACAACGAGGAGUGGAACUUUGUCCGCGGCGCCGCUGCCACCAUCGAUCGUGAGAUGGGCUUCAUCGGCCGACACCUGCUCCACGGCAUCAUCGAGACCCACGUCCUCCACCACUACGUCAGCAGCAUCCCCUUCUACAACGCUGAUGAGGCCACCGAGGCUAUCAAGCCUGUCAUGGGCAAGCACUACCGCGCUGACGUCAAGGACGGUCCUCGUGGUUUCAUCCGUGCCAUGUACAACAGCGCCCGUAUGUGCCAGUGGGUUGAGCCCAGUGCUGAGGCUGAGGGUGCUGGCAAGAACAUUCUCUUCUUCCGCAACCGCAACAACCUGGGCACUAAGCCUGCCAUCAUCGACCCUCCCGCCGCCUAAGGGUGCUAUAUCGGUCCGCUCGCAGGGUGUCUGCACACCCACAGAUGUUUUCAGCGUUGAUUGUUCCAAGUUUGGUCAUGGGAGUCGUCGGAUUCGGUUGUUUGGGUCGGAGCAAGACCGUACAUGAAACAGGUCUUGCCAGUCGGUUAAAUUGAUAUGGCCCAUGGACAUGGUGGAGGAUGGAAGAGGAGGUAAAAUAAUCGAAGGAACAAAGACUCAAAGAGUGAUGAACUAGAUGAUGGAGAGCAGCAAGGAUAUGAAACCUAAUGAAGCCACUCAAUUUCUUGGAU